UCUCGUUUUGACUAAGCGGAGACCUUUAGAGAAACUGCCUGUUCUAGCUCAUGCAGACUGUAAUAUAUAAAAGCUGUUAGCAGCUCCAGUGGCCAGAAGCUUCAAAACCAGCAGAGUUUUGUUCUUUGUGGGUUUGUAAUAAGAGACACUUCUUCACAAAGUUUCACAUCAUCAUAUAGGACAGUGCUAUAUAUACUGGGAGAACAAUAGACUACUCUUUUUUUUUUUUUUUUUUCUUGGUAUUAUCCAGAGAUCUGUUCUCUACUGCCCUGACUUAAAGCAGAGUACCUUUGUGGGCUGUCUCUCUCCUUUGGCCCAAAAUGACAGUAAUUGCUGCAAUCAGUUGUGCUCUCUUGUUUUUCAUUCUCUGUGAAACAAGUGUAUUAGUGUUGCCCAAGUCCACUGACCUACUCCUGUCAGACAGUAAUGUCACUGACAUUGAGAGGGCUUUGGCAGCUCCUCUGGACUCCGUGGGCAUUCCCAAAGCCAGACGGAAGCGCUACAUUUCGCAGAGUGACAUGAUUGCCAUUCUCGAUUAUCAUAAUCAAGUCAGAGGCAAAGUCUUCCCACCUGCUUCCAACAUGGAAUAUAUGGUUUGGGAUGAAACUCUUGCCAAAUCUGCAGAGGCUUGGGCUGCUACGUGCAUUUGGGACCAUGGACCUUCCUACUUACUGAGAUUCUUGGGACAGAACCUGUCUGUAAGAACUGGAAGGUACCGCUCUGUUCUGCAGCUGGUGAAGCCGUGGUACGAUGAGGUGAAGGAUUAUGCUUUCCCUUACCCCCAGGACUGCAGCCCCAGGUGCCCUAUGCGAUGCUAUGGACCCAUGUGCACCCAUUACACACAGAUGGUUUGGGCCACUUCCAAUCGUAUAGGCUGCGCUAUCCACACAUGCCACAAUAUGAACGUCUGGGGAUCUGUUUGGCGACGAGCUGUUUACUUGGUAUGCAACUAUGCCCCAAA